AUGUUGAGAGAUGCGCGCGAUGAUGUAAAAAAAUUUCUCAAUGAUACACAAUUGACAUUAGUCACAGAUCAGAAUGAUCAUUUUAAUGGCACAAUUUACUAUGAACAAGAUUUGCCAUCGAUAUGUUGGGAAAAAGAUACUACGUCAUGUUGGAAACCAAUAUUAUCAAAUAUUAGUCGAAUACAUGUGAUCAAUAUGAAUCAUUUAGACGUAGGAUACAAUGGAAUACCAAAAAUCGGUUUUAUAAACAAUAUUUUAAAUAUUUAUUUUCAUCAAUAUUUUCCAAGAGCAGCACUAUUAGCUGAACAAAUAAGAAAAGUUUAUCCGGAAGAAUCAUUUGUUUAUACCACUCAUCCAUGGUUAUUAGAUUUAUUUUUCAAUUGUCCAACAAAUUUAGUAUUGAGUGGUAUCAAAUUGAUAUGUCCCAGUGAUGAGGAGCUUGCUCUUAUUGAAAAUUCCAUUCGAUCAGGCCACAUCACAUGGCAUGCUGCUGCAAUGAAUAUGCAGUAUGAAUUCAUGGAUGAAUUAACGUUAAAUGCUUCAUUUGACAUAGCUGUGAGCUUAAGUAAACGAUUUGAUGUACCGGUUGUAUGCGUGCUGAGUCUGAGAGAUGUACCAGGGCUACCAAUAUCUGUUGUACAAGCAUUCAAAGCUUAUUUUCAACAAUAUUGCACCUAUCCACCGAUGAUCACCGUUGGAGUUAAUAAUGCUGUAACUGGUCUCGAAAUUCCAAAAGGUUUAUUUCGAUGGGGCAUCGAUAGUGAUUCGAGUGUAUUGGCCACAUGGCAUUCAUUUGGCUAUCCAAAUAAUCCUGGUUCAACAUUUUCUAAACCCGGUGGACUCUCAUUAAAGGAUCUAUUGAUCGUACCUGAAGCUGGUAUUGGUCUCGCAUUUGCAUUUCGUACGGAUAAUCAAGGUCCACCACAAUCAUUGUCUGAAAUUCAUCAAAAUCAUGAAAUUCUACGACAAUCGUAUCCAUCGGCCAGUGUAUUUUCAUCAUCGUUACAAUCUUUUCUCGAAGAUGUUUCUUCUCAUUCGUCUCAAUUAGAAUAUUUUGAUGGUGAUAUAUCUGAUACAUGGUUACAAGGUAUCGGAAGUGAUCCGAAACGCGUACAACAAUAUCAAGUUUUACAACGAGCAAUAUCUCGAUGCUAUGAUCAAAAUUUAUGUGAAUUUGAUAAUGAACAAUUAAUUAAUGCAAGUCGAUUUUUAAUCAAAAUUCCUGAACACACAUGGGGUUUACCUGGAGUAUACGACCAAAUCAAUUGGUCUAAUGAAAAAUUUCAUGCAGUUGUCAAAAGUAAUAAAAAUUAUAAUAAUUGUCGAUUGGCGUGGACUGAACAACGUGAAUUUUUCAAUUUAUAUUUACAAACGGUUGAAAAUCAUCCCUUAUACGAUAUUAUUCAAGAGGAAUUAACUCACGUAUUUACAAAUCUAAAACGUCCCAAUCUUGAGAAUUUUCAAGAGAUUAAUCCAAAUGAAGAUUAUUUUUUAUUUAAAACAUCAUCAGAACCAUUUCAUGUAUCAUUUGAUGACCAAUAUGGUUCAAUUAAACGUUUUUAUCGUGAUGAUAAAAUAUAUUGGACAACAGACAAAUAUCAAUUGGCAUCUUAUGUUUAUAUUACGUACAAUCAAACGGAUUUUGAUCAUUUGUCACACACAUAUGGAAUUCCAGCUUUUCCAGGUAUAUCCAAACCAAAUUCAACAGUUAAUGCUCAUCCACAAUCGGCUGUUUGGUUAACACAAGUACAAAAAUUUUAUCGUUCGAAGUUAGAUGAAAAUCAAUUUUUAACACAAAUGUUACUUGAUCAAGAGACAACUGUUAAUUAUGGUGGUUUUGGUGAAAUAUGGUUAAAUUAUACAUUUUUAGAUGAAACAACGUUACUUCUAGAAUGGUUAGGUUUAAAUAAAACGUCGACACGAUUAGGUGAAGCGUCAAUGAUUAAGUUUAUGUUGCCAAUGUCACCAACAUGUACGUUAAUUUUAUAUGAUAAUGAAAUCGAUGUACAAAAACCGGCAAAAAAUUCAUCCUUCUAUCAACGAGGUGUACAUGCAUUCAAAGACAUAGAUGAGUCAAUAAUAUUUAGUGUACAUUUUAGUUGUAAAACGAGUAUAUCCGAUGAUUGUUAUGUAACAUUAAAAGUGACAACAUUAGAUGCACCAAUUGCUUGUCCAAUUGUUCAAAAUCAACAACCUACCGCUUUACCAUUUCCAGCACCCGGUGAUGAUGAUCAAUUACCAUUAGACGGUAUGGCGAUCAAUUUACAUAAUAAUGUUUGGGAAACAAAUUAUAUUUUUUGGUAUCCAUUUGAAGAUGAUGAUCAGUCAUGGAGAGCAAGAUUUCUAAUAAAAUUUGAUGGCUCAUGUGUAUGA